UCGGGAUUCCCGCAGCUGAGGCUCGCGAACCCCAGACCCCGAAAUUGCAGGGAGAGCGAUCGGGCGAGCUAAGCGCUGCCCCGAGGGCAGAGAAGCGGCGGGCGGCGCAAGCGCUGAAGAACGGGAGACGGAGGAGGAGCCUGGUUGGAUUAUGGCGUCAUAGCUGCCUGGGUGUAUGCGCGCUAGGGAACCCGGGUUGCUGCAGUAGCAGAAGAAGCUGCCGUAGGACGCGAAGAAGAGCCACAUCCGACGGGAAGGUGAGGUUGCGGCCGCAGCUCCUCGGACUUCGGAAGGGCCACGAGCCAGUCCAGCAUGUUGCGCAAGGCUUGCUGAGGAAGCUGCGGCUCCUCUAGUCCGAGCGGGCGCGAGAGUCAGCACGUUGCCCACAACAAUCUGGGUCUUCAUUUUACUGACCUCAGAAGGAUGGAAGGCUGAGUCAACCUUGAGCCGUCAUGUUCAAAUUCCUGGCAGUGGAAUGCAGAGUUAGCCUGCAAUGCUGCAUUUUAACCACUGCGCCACCACGGCUUCUAUCCACAUAUCCACAAACAUAUAAGAUGCAUCCCAAGGAGUCCACAUUUAAAUACACAGAUAAUUUCAUGUAAAAGCAUCAGAAAGAUUAGCAGCCGGAUUGAUGUGGUAUCUGUGGAAAAUGAAUUAAAGCAACAUGACUAAGGCUUAUUUCUCAUUCUUCAAUCAUACUGAACAAGUGCUAAAUUGGCUCUAGUUACUUUGUGAUUUUCAGCUUUUCCUUGACAAACCAGAAAGAUGGGAAAAUAAAUUGGCCUUUAACAAAUGCAAUACCAUGCUCAUAUCGAAGAGGAUAAUAGCCCUCCUCAUGCUAACAUCAUAAGGGCUGCAAAAAGACCAAAUCUCUGUUCUCUUCGGAUGCUUCAAAUAGUAUAAAGAAGUGGCUUCCUCAUGACAACAUGUCAGUGAAAGAUCUCAGCCCCCGACAUAGUUCAAAAUCCCGUGCAGUGCAGCGGGCCUCUACUGUUGAUGUUGCCUCUGAUAUGUCAGGUUUAUCCUUAACAGGAAACAUCCAAGAUCCAGAUGAGCCAAUCUUAGAAUUUAGUUUAGCUUGCAGUGAACUGUUAACUCCAUCACUAGAUAGGAAGCCAAACUGUUUUGUUGCAGUGAGUGUAACGACACCACCUCAGGCAUUUUGGACAAAGCAUGCUCAAACAGAAAUUAUUGAGGGCACAAAUAAUCCCAUCUUUUUAAGCAGCAUUGCCUUUUUUCAAGACUCUCUUAUUAAUCAGAUGACACAAAUUAAACUUUCUAUAUACGAUGUAAAAGAUAGAUCUCAGGGAACUAUGUAUUUAUUGGGUUCUGUGAUAUUCACUGUACAGGAUCUACUUAAGGAGAAAAGUCAUAGGUUGCACUUAACACUAAGAUCUGCUGAAAAUGACCGUGUCGGGAACAUUACAGCCAUAGGAUGGCAGAUGGAAGAAAACACAGAUGAAAGGCCUCCUGUGACCAGAUCUCCUGAUACUAUUAAUGGAAGGACUGUGCUACCAGUUGAUGAAAGUUUGACAGAGUCCUUAGGAAUCCGAUCCAAAUAUGCUUCAUUACGAAAAGAUGCACUAUUAAAAUCUGUGUUUGGAGGUGCCAUUUGUCGGAUGUAUCGUUUUCCUACCACUGAUGGCAACCAUCUGAGGAUUUUGGAGCAAAUGGGAGAGAGUGUGCUCUCUUUACACAUUCCCAGGCAAUUUGUGAAAUUGCUGCUAGAGGAAGAUGCUGCAAGGAUUUGUGAACUUGAAGAACUGGGAGAGCUGUCUCCCUGCUGGGAAAGUCUUCGUCGGCAAAUAGUCACUCAGUACCAAACAAUUAUUCUGACUUAUCAGGACAACCUGACAAAUCUUCAUCAGUAUAAAGGACCAUCUUUCAAAGCAAGUAGUCUAAAAGGUGAUAAAAAGCUUGAAUUCAUGCCCACAAAUUUACAUAUACAACGAAUGAGAGUCCAGGAUGAUGCGGGAUCAGAUGAGAAUUAUGAUAUUGUAACUAUAGGAGCACCAGCAGCUCACUGCCAGGCCUUUAAAUCUGGAGGACUGCGGAAAAAGCUACAUAAAUUUGAAGAUGCAAAGAAACACAGUUUUGAGGAAAGUUGCACUGCAACCAAUUCUCAGUCUAUAAUAUACAUACCGCAGGAUAUUAUUCGAGCAAAGGAGAUUAUUGCACAGAUCAAUACCCUGAAAACUCAAGUUAGUUACUAUGCAGAAAGACUUUCCAGAGCUGCCAAGGAUAAAUCAGCGAAUGGACUUGAGAGAACACUUGCCAUUUUGGCAGAUAAGACCCGGCAGCUUGUCACUGUCUGUGACUGCAAGCUAUUGGCAAAUUCAAUUCAUGCCCUGAAUGCUGCAAGACCAGAUUAUAUAGCUUCAAAAGCUUCUCCAACAUCUACAGAAGGAGAACAAGUGGUGCUAAGAAAUGACCAAGAUACUUUGGUGGCCAGGUGGGCAGGAAGAAAUAGCCGUUCUUCUCUACAGGUGGAUUGGCAUGAAGAAGAGUGGGAAAAAGUCUGGGUGAAUGUUGAUAAAAGUCUUGAAUGCAUUAUCCAGAGGGUAGACAAGCUUCUCCAGAAAGAACGAUUACAAAGCGAUAGCUGUGAAGAUGUUUUCCUGUGUGAAGUCAGCUGCUCUAGCAAGAAAGGUAAACAAGAUACCCGUGCAUACUGGAUAAAGCCAGAGACCUUAAAUGAAAUCAUCUCAUCUUCAUCAUCCCCACCAUCAUCUUCAUCCAUUUCAUCCUCUGCAUGCCAUUUUCCCAGAAUCACAAAUUGCAGUCCUACUCCUGAAGAAUCCAACCCAGGUGAAUGGAGUGAGGCUCUUUAUCCUCUGCUAACAACGCUUACGGACUGUGUGGCCAUGAUGAGUGACAAAGCAAAGAAAGCAAUGGUCUUUCUUUUAAUGCAGGACAGUGCCCCCACCAUAGCUCUUUGCUUAAGCCUUCAGUACCGGAGAGAUGUGGUCUUUUGCCAAACUCUUACAGCCCUGAUCUGUGGUUUCAUUAUCAAGCUGAGGAAUUGCCUGCAUGAUAAUGGAUUCCUGAGGCAGCUGUAUACCAUUGGUCUGCUGGCCCAGUUUGAAAGCCUUUUAAGUACUUACGGAGAAGAACUGGCUAUGCUAGAAGAUAUGAGUGUGGGAAUAAUGGACUUGAGAAAUGUAACGUUUAAAGUAACUCAGGCCACUUCCAUGGCUUCUGCUGAUAUGCUGCCAGUCAUUACAGGAAAUAGGGAUGGAUUUAAUGUGAGGAUUCCACUACCAAGCACCUUGUUUGAUGCCUUGCCUCGUGAAAUUCAGAGUGGCAUGUUGCUGAGAGUUCAACCAGUACUCUUCAACGUGGGAAUCAAUGAACAGCAGACUUUAGCAGAAAAGUUUGGCGAUACCUCCUUGCAGGAAAUUAUUAACAUGGAAAGUUUAGUGCGGUUGAAUUCCUACUUUGAACAGUUCAAAGAAGUUUUGCCUGAAGACUGUCUACCUCGAUCUCGGAGUCAAACAUGCCUGCCUGAACUGUUGAGAUUCCUUGGACAGAAUGUACAUGCAAGAAAAAAUAAGAAUGUUGAUAUUCUUUGGCAAGCUGCUGAGAUUUGCCGUAGACUAAAUGGUGUUCGGUUUACAAGCUGUAAAAGUGCCAAGGAUCGGACUGCCAUGUCGGUGACCCUGGAGCAAUGUCUCAUACUGCAACAUGAACAUGGAAUGGCUCCACAGGUCUUCACUCAGGCCCUGGAGUGCAUGAGGAGUGAGGGCUGUCGAAGAGAAAAUACAAUGAAGAAUGUUGGAUGUCGCAAAUAUGCAUUUAAUUCCUUGCAGCUGAAGGCUUUCCCCAAGUAUUACAGGCCUCCUGAAGGAACUUAUGGAAAAGUUGACUCAUAGGAUUACGGUGUCUUGUAAUUAGUUGUUCCGUUAAAACAUGUGAAUACACUCAACUUUAGUAUAUGAACUUUGAUGACAAUGUCAGAAAAAAUGUUUUUGUAUGUUUCACUAGGAAAUACUGAGCAUGUAAUUUUGUUAAACUGGAUUCCAUAGAAAGAAAACAAUUACAUGCUAUAUAAUUAUAACAUGAAACUAAUGUAAUGAUUGCCCAGUAUAAGUUGCCUGCAUAUAUUAGUUAAUUAAUUUCUUUGCCUAAAGAAAGAUAAUUCCUGGACUGUGGAGGAUUUUAUGAAUUAGGCAGCUGUUUCCCUCAUUUUUAUACUGAUUUUAUUUAAAACUUUCAUAAUACUUUUUAAAACCUCAGUGCUGUAAAUAGUAAAUAAAUUGGAAAUGAGUUUUGACAAGUACAACAGGUAUUACAAGUAGAAGAAAAGGCUCAGUUUUAAAAACCGAGCAGUGCAUUAAAAUAUAAAGUUGGGAAUUUAAAUUUAUUAAAACACUAUUAUAUAAAAGAGUUAUAUAGAAUCCAGGAACUGACACAUAACCCUAUUUGAAUUGGUUUAGAAACUGGAUUGAAAGGUGAUAAUUUCAGUUAAGGAAGAAACCUAUUGCAUUCCAACAUCUAAAAAUCCUUUAAAAUACAAAGAAAUGAUAGUUACGCAUCAGAAAAUACUGUCUGCAUCUAGUAAAGCAUGACUUAGCCCUAAAUAAUGAAUCCAAACAGAAGGUAUGGUAUCCAUAUCUAUUUACAAAACAGAAGUGGAUUUCUACCUGCAGUUUGAAGGACUUCAUUGGGCUGAAUCGUCUGUGUCUUCCACAUCAUAAUAAUUUUAAUCACUAUCACUUUACCCUACUUUGUUUGCUUGUGAGUUAGCUGAUUCCACAGUGAUAUGUAGGGUAAACUAGCAUGUACAGGUCAGAUCUUCCGAGUUCCUUUUUUUAAUGACAAGAAUGAUUUUAGGCAAACAUAUUUGCAUAUAGAAACUGUCCGAUGCUGCAUUUAAGAAUUCUGCAAGUUCCUAAAAUGCUUGCUUGUUAGAUCCUAUCCAGAAUGUAGGUGCACUUUAGUUUACAUAAAUCAAUGUUCCUUAUUUUCCUGUUGAAACUCCUACUUUGAAUAUUGUUUUAUAUAUCCAGUACCUAUUACUAAUUUUUGAAACUCAGUAAUCUACGAUUUGUUCCAGAACAUCAGAGUUUGAAUUUCAGGUUAAUGAAUUGACAGAGAAGGGGAAUAAUUUCCUACAUUAUUUAAUAAGAGUUUUGCUUACUUAGGAAUUGAUCUGUAACAAUACCCAAAUUUCCAUAACACUCUCCAGGUGUUGCUAAACUAUAACUUAUUCCUUUGUUCAUUCUUGUAACAAAUUCAUAUUGCAAAAGCAAGAUGAACUACCACUUGAAAAAUAUAGUAGUACCAGUACAUACUUACAGAAGAGUAGUAUAUUCAUAAAAUGACUAUUAAUAUAUAACAACUUUGGUUAAUAGGUCACUGUAUAUGUUUUUAUGGAUGUGAAUGUUUAUCAGCUGAAAUGCUACGGUUCAGUAGUAGUAUUUGGAUGGAUUUUGGAAGCUACAGGCAAGUUGCGAAAUCCUUCCAACUUUUCAUUCUAACAAUUUAACCCCAACAUGUUAAAUUCCAUUGAUACUUGAGGGAUUUACUUACAUUAGCAUUAUUGGCCCUUUAAUGAAAAGAGGAAAAUGGCACAAUUUUCAAGAAAGAGUCUGGUAUUCAAAUAUUUUACUUUAUUCUGCCUUUUUUUUUUUUGCACUUUAUAUUUAUUGAAGGUAUGAAUGUUCUGUUCAGACCCAAGAAAUUUGUUUUAAUGUUGCCUUUUAGUAGCUUGAUGGUUUAAUUCUUAUAUGUACUAAACAGUCUGGAUUCCUCAGAAUGCAGUAAAUUAAUUAAUCAUGCAUUGUUUCUCAAACUUGGUAACUUGGAGAUGUGCAGACAGUUCCCAAAAUUCCCCAGGCAACAUGCUGGCUGUGGAAUUCUGGGAGUUGAAAUCCACACAUCUUCAAGUUACCAAAUUUGGGAAACACUGCUUUCGUCUUAAACCCAACAGGCAAAGGAAUAAUCAUAUCUGUUGCUAAUGGAAUUCCCGGUAGUAGCUAAGAUUAACAGGGCAAAGCAGUGAAGUCAACAAGAGUUGAGAUUUGCAAGUAAAAUUCCCUUGAUCUAGAAAGUUAGUUGCAAAACAAUUUAAAACAAAAUAUAAAUCAGGCUGCCAUGGAAAGUUGUUCCCCUCCAAACUGUACUUGGGCGGGACCUUGCAUAGAAAAUAUUCCCUUCCUGAGGUCUCCUGGCACUGAACAAUGCUGAACUGUUUCCAGUCUGCAAGUACCUAAAGGUAUCUUUCUGCAGCUGAGAACAUCUUUGGCCUUCCUCCAGAGGUAGCAGCUGCACAAGGGGCAAGGACGGGGAGGCCUGAUGCCAUCUCUCUACUCCUCCUAGGGCCAGGAUGAAUCUGCCUGGCCCUCUUUUCCCUCCUUUUCUUCUUCCCAGGAUGAUGCUUCAGCCAGGGGCAGGAUUCUGAUGAAUUAUAUUUUAUUACUCUUUUUUUCACUGCUUUUGGUGUUUGAAUAAUAUAUUGAAUGGCGGAAUUCUUUAAAAUGGGUGGUUAAGUUUAUAUUUUCAGGAAAACUUGAAAUGCAACAGAGAAACUCCUUUUGAUUUAUGCUAGUUUGUUUAAUGUUUCUUCUCUGUUCACCCUCUCUCCACCCCUCUGUAUGCAAAAUGUAUUUAUAUUUAAAUGUUUAAUAUAAUUCACCUUUUGGCAAGAAAGUCUAUUAGAUCUGAAACAAUUGUUUUAACUUAAAUUGUCUGACAUUAAAACUUGUUGCCAGCAAAAAUACCAUAUUUUUUGGAGUAUAAGACGCACUUCCCCCCCCCCCAAAAGAGGCUGAAAAUUUCAGUGCAUCUUAUAUUCCGAAUGUAGCUUUUUCGAAGCUUUUUUUCAGCCCUAACGAGGCCCUAGCUAGUGAAGCAUAUCUGUACUUUGUCUGUUCCCUCUGAGGCGCUAGUGAGUGAAGUGAUCUCCGUGCUUUGCCUGCUUUUCUUAUUGCUGCUCCCUUUCAGCUGUGCUUUAGAAGCUGUUUUUCAGCCCUAAUGAGGCGCUAGCAGUGAAACAUCUUCGUGCUUUGCCUGCUCCCUCCGAGGCGCUAGCGAGUGAAGUGAUCUCCGUGCUUUGCCUGCUUUUCUCAUUGCUGCUCCCUCUCAACGAUUUUCGCCUGCUUUUCUCAUUGCUUCUCUCUCCAAAAAUCAGCUGUGCUUUAGAAGCUGUUUUUUUAUCCCCAAGCAGAGGAUAAAAAGCACACAUGUGCACUCAAAACCAACAAACUAAUGUGCUGAAGCUGACCAGACUAAGGACGCUAGCCAGGUGAAUACCUGUUAGGCAGAUUCCCCCACCCCAUUUUCCUCCCCAAAAACUAAGCUGCAUCUUAUACUCCAGUAUGUUUUAAACUCCAAAAAAUACGGCAGUUAAGAUUAAUUACAGUGAUUGCUUUCAGCACAGUGUAUUAUUCUCCUUCAUUAGUCUUCUCCUGGAAGUAAUUAGGUCCGUCCGUCCCUCUCCCCCACCUUACAAUUUUGUAAUGGGAAAAAGAAAUUCUGUUCCACUGUUAUUUCCAUUACUGUGAACAUAUUUCCAUUGGUGUAAACAUAAAGCUCAUAUGCAUUAGGAAUCUAUAGGUUUUUCAGGAAAGAUAACUUUAAAUCAGAUCUGUCAGCACUGCAAAAUGUAUGCCAUGGAAGAUAUUCACUACUUCCAUUCUAAAUUAGGUUAGAUCUUUAUUUUACAUUCUGAUUUACAGUACUAUACUGACUUACAGCUGUGAAAAGCUAACAUUGUACUACUUUUUAAAGCAGUUCCCAAAUUCUCUGAAUGAAUAAUUAUUUCUCUUCUACCCUUUCUGAGAACAGGACUCCAGUGUACAAUGCUGCAUCACGUGUGACAAACCAAUGCAAAAUUUUGAUUUCAUUUCUUUUGCAUAGAUUUCCUUAAAGGAAAAUAAAUAUAGCUCAAUAAAAACAUGGGAACUAAAGAAAGCAUAUAUUUAUAUAGAAAACAUCAAGUGAGCAGACUUUUCUAAAAUAUUUGUUUUGUUGCCAUAGAAAACCCAUUAUUAGGGACUAUUAUUGUAUGAACCUCAUGCUAACCUUUUUGAGUACAAUUCUUAGAUGAAACAUUAAAAGGAUAUACAGUUACUGCCAAGCUUAUUCUGUACAUGUUCUGUAAAAGCAGCUACACACUGCUGCCUUUGAGUUUUUCAUUUAUAUACAAUAUGUAUAGCUGUUGUAAAAUAGAACAUAGUUUUGUCCCAGCACAGUUGUAUUUCUUAAAACAUUUUGCAUUUAUUUUAUUUUAUUUAUUUGUUUGGAACAGUAUUGGCGUACCAUAAACAUAUGGGUACUGUUUUGUAUAGUCUUAAUUCACCCAGUCCAUGUAUGCUGUAAAUGUGCUAGUCUUUAGGGAUUUAAAAAAAAAUAAAGAACUGACAACCAUG